GUUUCCGUGCAAAUCCGUGGACUCGCCAAACCCCCCCUCUCCUCUCUCGAUCGAUACUUCAAAACUGUGAUUAGAGUCUCCCUGGAAUCAAUGGCAAGCACAACUUCGAAAUCCACACAAGAAAUUGACGAACAAGAGAAGCAAGAAGAAGAAGAGCAGACCUUCGAAGGGCUCGGUUUGGACGCUCGCCUUAUACGUGCCUUAACCAAGAAAGGCAUUGAGAAGCCCACUCCCAUCCAGCGAGUCGCUAUCCCUUUGAUCCUUGAAGGCAAGGAUGUGGUGGCUCGAGCAAAGACUGGUUCUGGAAAGACAUUAGCUUACCUCCUUCCUUUGCUUCAGAAGCUCUUCUCCGAUUCUGCUACAAAAAAGAAUCUCGCGCCGAACACAUUCAUUCUUGUGCCAACACGAGAGCUAUGCCAACAAGUUUAUUCAGAGGUAUUGUCGCUAACUGAGCUAUGUAGAGUGCAAUUAAAAGUGGUACAAUUGGCAAGCACAAUGUCUGUCUCUGAUCUGCGAACUGCAUUGGCCGGACCACCUGAUAUUCUAGUUUCUACGCCAGCUUGCGUACAAACAUGCUUAUCGAAAGGUGUUCUUCAACCAAAAUUUGUUCAGGAGUCACUUUCAUCUCUCAUUCUCGAUGAGGCAGAUCUUCUUUUGUCAUAUGGAUAUGAAGAUGAUCUAAAAGCUCUUACAGCGCAUGUUCCUAGAUGUUGUCAAUGCCUGCUUAUGUCUGCUACCUCAAGUGCCGAUGUCGAAAAGCUGAAAAAGCUUAUUCUACACAAUCCCUAUAUCUUAACUUUGCCUGAAGUUGGAGAAGCUAAGGAUGAGAUUAUUCCCCAAAAUGUUCAGCAAUUUUGGAUUUCGUGCAGUGCUCAUGAUAAGCUCCUACACAUCCUUGCCCUCUUGAAGUUGGAGUUGCUUCAGAAAAAAGUACUGAUCUUUACUAAUUCAAUUGACAUGAGUUUCAGACUGAAACUAUUCUUCGAACAGUUUGGAAUCAAGUCUGUAGUUUUAAAUGCUGAGUUGCCACAGAAUUCUCGUCUACAUAUCCUUGAGGAAUUCAAUGCUGGGCUUUUUGAUUAUUUGAUUGCAACCGAUAGCAUUCAAUCUAAAGAGAAGGGACAAGCUGAUGGAGAAAGUCAUGUUGACCGAAAAAAAUCCAAAAAACAUGACAAGAAAAAAUUAGACUCUGAAUUUGGUGUAGUGAGAGGAAUUGACUUCAAAAAUGUGCACACGGUUAUAAAUUUUGAGAUGCCUCCAAAUGCUACGGGAUAUGUACAUCGCAUUGGACGCACUGGGAGAGCAUAUAAUACUGGUGCAUCUGUCUCUCUUGUUUCUCCAGAAGAGAUGGAAAUUUUUGAAGAAAUAAAAUCCAUUUUGGGAGAAAAUGAAAGCAAGGACUCAAAUUUUAUUGCCCCAUUUCCUUUACUCAGUAAGAAUGCAGUGGAGUCUUUGCGAUAUAGAGCUGAGGAGAUUACUGUCCCAGCAGAACUUAUUUCUGCAAUUCUGUUGGAGAUUUACAAUGUAUUGGGUGAACAAGAAAGAUGCCAACAAAUAGAGGAUGUUGCGAGGAGUGUGACAAAAAUUGCUGUGAGAGAAUCAAGGGCACAGGAUCUGAGGAAUGAAAUUCUAAAUUCUGAAAAGUUGAAGGCUCAUUUUGAAGAUAAUCCAAGGGACUUAGAUCUUCUGAAACAUGACAAGAUGCUGAGCAAGAAGGCUCCUGCUCCUCACCUACGUGAUGUGCCUGAGUACCUGUUGGACCCAACAACACAAGAAGCUCGAAAGAUUGUCAAGCUUGCUAGAGCUGCAAUGGGAAAUUCUCUCUCUGGUCGCCACAAGGGAUUGAAGGGAAAAUUUAGAAAAAGUAGAGACCCUCUCAAAUCUUUCUCUGCAGAGGCAGCUAAGCAAGCUUCGAGAGUGGACUCACAAAACUGCUUACAGAGCCCAACUAUCCGAACCGCCACCCUAACAAACCACCUUCUUCGUUCCCGAUGCCAUUCGAUCAGAAACACACUUGUGCUUCCUCCUCUGCAGCUUUUUCCGGAUUUCAAUCAGUUGAUUCACAGACCAAAAACCAAAGCACAGUCAAACAGAAUACAAUCGCCACGACAAAUUCCAGUUUUUCAAAUGUUGAGAACCUGCUCUUCCAUACGAGCUGAACUCAGGUCUCUCUCUCAAACCUUAACAUACCUACCACAAGUCCAAUCCUCAUUGCCUUCAACCUUCAAAGUUACCAUUAGCCCAUCACAUUCAAUCCGUGAAAACCCUUCUUCCCCUAUAAUUCCACUCCUCUCUUCGCCGUUCUCGCACUCACGUCCGCUUCAUAGACGCCAAGACGAUUAUGACGAGGAUUCGAACAGGGACCCUACGAGCCCUCCGAAGCUGUUUGUGGUCCAACCGCGUCUUCGGCCGGAUACCCUCUUGCAGGCCAAGCUUAACGAAGGUCUGAACCUUGCAAAUUCGCUCGAAGAACAACGUGAUGGGUUCUACGAUACUGAGUUUUCGGAGAAGGAAUUGCCCCCACAUGUUAUUGUUCAAAACCCAGCUGCCAGAUCGCCUCGAGCAGAUACCUAUUUUGGACCAGGGACAGUGCAAACAGUUAAAUGUCAUCUAAAUGGUGUUGAAUCAGAGGGUGGAGUGGAUGCUGUAUUUGUGAAUGCAAUUUUGAGUGGGAUUCAGCAACGGAAUUUAGAGCGGGCUUGGAAUAAGCCUGUUUUGGACCGUGUGGGUCUUAUAGUAGAAAUAUUCAAUGCUCAUGCCCAGACAAAGGAAGCCAAGCUACAGGCCGAGUUAGCAGCUCUAAUGUACAAGAGGACUAGGCUUGUUCGUGUACGUGGUCCUAAUGGACGUUAUACUUUUGGUGAAAUUGGAGAAGCAGAAGUCGUUAGUGCUCGAGGGAGAGGAAGUGGGGGGCGUGGUUUUAUUAGUGGUGCUGGAGAAACUGAACUUCAGCUUCAACGACGCAGAAUUUUGGAACGGCGGAAUCAAUUAUUGUAUGAAAUUAAAGAAGUUCGGAGAACGCGAGCUUUGCAACGUGCUGCUCGCAAGAGGCAUGGAGGUACACAGGGCCAAGAGAUGGUUACAGUUGCUGUUGUUGGUUACACGAAUGCUGGAAAGUCGACACUAGUUAGUACACUCUCGGACAGUUAUCUAUAUUCCGAUGAUCGAUUGUUUGCAACUGUUGACACUAAAUUAAGAAGUGUAAUUCUUCCAUCAGGGAGGAAAGUGCUUCUUAGUGAUACAGUGGGAUUCAUUUCAGAUCUUCCUGUGCAGUUAGUGGAAGCUUUUCAGGCAACCUUGGAAGAAGUUGUUGAAGCUGACCUCCUUGUGCAUGUACUAGACUCAAGUGCGCCAAAUCUUGAUGAGCAACGGCAAACUGUAUUACAAGUUCUUGAGCAGAUAGGAGUAUCCAAGGGGAAGCUUCAGAAUAUGAUUGAAGUUUGGAAUAAGAUUGAUCUCCAAGAGGAAAUGAGGGGCAAUGAAUAUGAUGAAGAUGAAGUGAGCUGUUUCUCAGGUGCAGAAGACGAUGAUUAUAGUGCAGAAGAUGAUGACAAUAAUGGAGAUAUAAAGUGUGAGCUAUCAUCAGGAGAGCUCAAAGAGACCAUGGAUGAUCAUCAAGAUGAUUACUCUGACGGCUGGCUCUCAUCAGGAGAUGGACUAGAGACAUGGGGUGACCAUGAUGGUUCGUAUGUGGGAGCGGAGACUCCAGAUAACCAACAAAAAGACUCCUCCAAGGACUUGAGGAUUAUUGGAAAAGUUUCACAAUCUCAACCUGAAUCUGUUCCAUAUAUCAAAACAUCUGCCAGAAUGGGAGUUGGUUUACAGGAGUUGCUGGAGCACAUUGAUGAGAGAUUAAAGAGCCAGAAAGUACUGGAAAAGAGUAUAUUUGAUCGCAAAUGGAGGCCCCCUCGCACAGAAGAUACUGGCAUAGCAGUCGAACUAUAG